UGAUGCCUGUCACGCAAGAGAGGACCCUACAGCGACUGGAACAAGUCUAAGCAGUAUUAUAAGCCUUGCACUUUGACCCAACGUCUCAAAGAUGCAAGGAACCGUUCACUUGUGAAACAGAUCAAUUCAAUGUAUGAAAAGAUCUUGAUAUAUGUGUCACUCAUGUCUUUUAUCCGCAAACUUGAGCUUCAUCGUUGAUCCGUACAUGUGUUCUUUCCCUCUAGUCUGAUAACAGGCCCUACACCAGAUCAGAAAGGAGACGUCCGUACAUGUACAUCCCACCACAGAGCAAGGAACAGACUAGACUAUCGAUCGUAACGGUAGUGCACAGCACCAAUGUGCGAACAUUGCAUGCAGUAUGUUGAUGCCUGAUUUUAUGAGAGACUGAACUCAACUCAGUCAACAAUGGCUGUCCGUAUUUGCACCAGACUGUCCCGCUCCAAGCUAGUUGUUUUCAUCCUUCUUUUGGCUGUAGCUGUGGUGGGAACGGUGGGCCUGAUGUACACAAUGCAUGCCCCGAGCGGAGUUGAUUUUUCCAAAGUCAAGGUUGAUCGUGUCCCCAUCAGGGCUCCUGGCCCAGAUUUUCUCCGACUGGAAGACGAUUGGUGGGAUGGAUUGCAGAAAAAUGCUUUAUUCAAGAAAACCAAAACAAUUGAUAGUGUCAACAGAUCUAGAUCCGAAUCGAGCGAGAUUGAGGAGGACACGGAAGAGAUGAGUUUCGCUGUUGCCAAGACAUGGAAAAGAGCAACAAAGAUGCCUAACCCGGACACGAAAACAGAUGCAGUGUCACUGGACAUUAUGGCCAGUACUAGCCGAAAUCAAGUACAGACGUCCAAGACACUUGCCAAUGAAUCCUGUGACAAAACCUGCCGUUGGUGGCGUGAGCAAGAGCGCCGCCAACGGCGCGUCCAGGAGACUUGCGCUGAUGCGUUGCACAAGCGGACGCAGCCGGUGGUGCACUACUACCUAACGUCGCAGACUCUCCGCACCAUGACGCACCUUCUGGUGCUAGACUCGCACAAGCUCAUCUACUGUUACGUCCCGAAAGUCAGCUGCACCAAUUGGAAGCGGAUUUUUCUCGUUGCCAAGGGGAUCUUCCCCUCCGUCCAAGACAUCGAGCAGCGGAGGACCCACUUAGCAACCGAUGCGCUCAUGCGCACUUUGAGCUCCUACCCACUGCAGACUGCCAACCGUCUUCUCAAAGAGUACAAGAAGUUCAUGUUCGUCCGUCAUCCUUUCGAGCGCAUUCUCUCGGCUUACAUUGACAAAUUUCAACUGGACUACCCAAGUAGUAAGCACUUUAGAGAGACCAGUGCUGUCGAGAUAGCGCGUUACGGUGACUUAAGCAAGACGUCUAGACUCAAAGAUGGAACCUUGAACAUCACCUUCCAACAGUUCUCCCGCUUCGUCAGUGACCCGAUAAACCAAAACCUGGAACCGCACUGGCAGGAAAUGUACCGCCAGUGCCAACCAUGCAUGAUACAGUACGACUUCAUAGGCAACUACAGCUCUCUCAAAGAAGAUGCCGAUUUUAUCAUUAAGACUACCAAAUUAAACCAGCCCUUUCCCGAAUCCACCAACCCAACUGGAAGCUCCAAGCAGAGUAAGAUAAAGAGGUACUUCUCUCAGUUGACAGAGGAUGAAAUCGACGCACUUUACCAACGCUACUCUACCGAUUUCCAUUUAUUUGGGUAUAGCGUACCUCCUUACAUAUCAAACAGGACUUUCAGUUGAGCAGUCAGAACUCUCAGUUGGGCCAAGAAAGCUUUCACAUUCCUAUUUUGAUUCACGACACCUUAAGACAUUGUCCAAUCAUGUAUUAAUUGUUACUGAUGUUGCUUCAUUUUCUCUUUAUAACUCGAGGAGUAUUAUUUAAUCAUUACCAUUAGGCUCCAUGAAGUAUAAGGAGAUGAAUAAUCAAUGUGUGCUGAGGUCCAUUUAAAGAUUUUAUAUUUGAUGUUUUAUAGAUUCUUUAGAGCAAAACUCAAAAUUUCUUGAAGUGAUUGAAUAAGAUGGACUACUGGUGAUGUCAAACACAGUGAUGUUAAGUAUGUCAAAUUUGACACAAUUACCAAACAAGUAAUAAUAAAAGAUCGAUCAUUUAUUUCAGCAUCGUUGUUGUACCGACAGUAAAAACCACUUAAGUAUUUUUUGGCUGAA